CACCGUAUUUCCCUCCUUUUCGUUUUCGUUUCCGGCGAAGUAAGUAGAAAAAAUCUCCACGUUUUUCUUUUUGCUAAUAAUUGACUCAUCCCAUUGGCAAACUAGCGAAUAAUCUUGGAAUAACCAGCCCGCGAGCAGCAAAAUGUCGAAGAGAGGACGUGGAGGUACCGCGGGAGGCAAAUUCCGCAUCUCCCUCGGUUUGCCCGUGGGCGCCGUGAUGAACUGUGCCGACAACACCGGAGCCAAGAACCUGUACGUGAUCGCCGUGCACGGAAUCCGUGGUCGUCUGAACCGUCUGCCCGCCGCUGGCGUCGGUGACAUGUUCGUGGCCACCGUGAAGAAGGGAAAGCCCGAGCUCAGGAAGAAGGUUAUGCCGGCCGUGGUGAUUCGGCAGCGCAAGCCGUUCAGGAGGAGGGACGGGGUGUUUAUAUACUUCGAAGACAAUGCCGGGGUAAUAGUGAACAACAAGGGCGAAAUGAAGGGCUCGGCCAUCACUGGGCCCGUGGCCAAGGAAUGCGCUGAUCUGUGGCCCCGUAUCGCAUCCAAUGCAAGCUCUAUAGCCUAAGGAGUUUCCUUUUCAAAUAAACCCACAACGGAAAACAGAUUGUUUUGAAUUAGAA